AUGUCUAGUAAAGAUUCACUUAGAUUAUCUCAUGUUGGACUUGUGGCAAGGAGCCCAGAAGGUCAUGCAGCUAAAGGAAUGGCAAUUAAGGGAAACGAAGACCUUUGGGUUGAAAUCCAGGCUAAUACAUUUAAAAAUUGGGUUAAUGAACAUUUAAAAAGAGUGAAUAUGGAAGUAAUAGACUUUACAUCUGACUUCAUUGAUGGCACUCGACUUUGCGCUUUAGUUGAACUUUUGCAAAAAAGAAAAAUUGGGCCAUGGAAUAAAAAACCAACAAAUCAACAUCAUUUUUUUGAAAAUGUCACAAUGGCUUUGAAUGCAAUAGCUGAAGAUGAAGUAAAAUUAGUUAAUAUUGGUAAUGUAGACAUUGUAAAUGGCAACUUAAAACUUAUUUUAGGCCUUAUUUGGUCUCUGAUUGUUCGAUAUCAAAUCGGAAGAUCUAAAUUUCCCCCCAAGAAAUUGAUGCUGGCUUGGUUAAAGGCAAAAUGUAACAUUCAAAAUUUUACAACGGAUUGGAAUUCCGGUCAAUAUUUAAGUGCAUUAUUGGAAUAUUGCAAACCUGGAUUAUUUCCCCAUUGGAAAAGAAUAGAUAAAACCGACAGUGUUAACAAUUGCCGGCGAGCAAUGGAAAUUGCUAGAAAAGAAUUUAACAUACCUGUUGUACUAGAACCAGAAUAUCUGGCCUCUCCCUUUUUGGAUGAACUAUCCGGAAUGACUUAUUUAUCAUACUUCAUGAAGGAAUACAGUCCAGGAUAUUACGCUACUUUAAAGUGGGUCCAAAAUCAAAUCCCUGAAAAAAACGUUAAAAAUUUUACGACGGAUUGGAACGAUGGUAACGUUUUAUGCAGCUUAGUUAAAUCAUUAGGAGGCUCUGUUCCCGGUUAUAAAUCUUUGAAUUUCGACCCUUUGUUUUGGGAACAAAAUUUAAUGCAGGGAAUUAGAGGCGGAGAAAAAUUAGGAGUCGAACCAAUAUUGAAAGCCAAAGACAUGGCUGAUAAAAAUGUUGAGCAUUUAGGAGUUAUGGCAUAUGCAGCAAAUUUUCAGUGGAUUCCAACUCGAACUGCUCCAAAUCAAAGGAUUAAAGUUUCUUCUGAAAAACACAGUUGCAGAGUCAAUGAAAAUGUAUCUUUUUCAAUGGAAUUUAUGGACGAAGAUGUGGAUGGUAGAGAAAUUAAAGCGUUCGUCAUUAGUCCAAUCGGAAUGACUGAUUGUCGAUUGAAUUUGGGACAGUUUGGAGGAAAAGGGAAUUUUGUACCUUCGGUGGUAGGAAUGCAUCAGUUGAAUGUAAGUUAUGAAGGAGAAAAUGUUAUCGGAAGUCCUCUUUAUGUUAGAGUUGCUCCACCUCUUUCAAACAUUGAAUUUCCUGGUAUAGAACCUUGUGCGAUUGGAAGUAUUGUCGAAGUAUUGGUAAAUUCAUACGGCGGUAGUGCGAGUAAUGUCGAUGUUACAGCUUGGAGUCCUACCGAUCGAUCUCUUCCUUGUCCUGUUCAAUCCAAGGAUGGAAUCUAUACUGCAAAGUUUCAGCCCGAUGAAGUUGGUGAAUGGUCGAUUGCGGUUACUCACAAGGGUGAACACAUCCAAGGAGGACCUUUUCCGUGUUUUGUAUUCGAUCCAAAUGGCAUUAAAUUGCUUAACACUGACGGCGCUUUACCCAACUUGCCGUUUACUUUUCUUUUGGAUGCUUCUGAAACGGGAGGUUUAGGAGAUAUAAAGAUAGAUCUUGUUCACGAAAAAAAAUCUGUUCCACAUACAUUUGAAAAAAUUGCUGAAAAUUUAUAUAAAAUUAACUUUGUACCGAAACAUAAUGGGAAAUACAGGGUUUACGUUUAUUUUUGCGGUAUGGAUGUACGAGGUUCGCCGUUUGUUAUAAGGGUGGGAACGAAAAAAAGAAAUUCAACCUUACCGAAAACUACUGUAAAAGACGUUCUCUCUAAACCCGUAAUUUCAGAAUCUCCAACUUUUGUAAAUCACAUGCGAACGGUCAGUCCUAUUUUAGAUAAUUCGAGCCCACUUUAUUCUCCACAAUUUGUCAAACAAACACAAUAUUUAACAAAAAAUUUGAAAAACAAUUCAAAUAUAAGAGAUAAUUCGGAUUUUGUAUCAGUGAAUACCGUUCAAGUUUCUAAAGAACCAAAUCCUCCGAUUAAAGUUAAUUUAAUUAAUGGGGAACCAUCGAGAAAGGGCAUUUUAAAAACUGAAAAAUUUAUUACCAAUGAUGUUUUAUCAUCUGAUUCUUUUAAAAAAGAAUUAAUGCAACGUAUAAAAUCGCCCAAAAGUCCAAGUUUUACAACUAAUAGUACUGUUUUAAGUUCUACUCCUAUCGAAAAUCAAACAUUGAAAUCUUCAUCAUCUUAUAAUAAAUUUGAACGCAUUCAAAGUCCCAUCGACAGAUCCCUAAGCCCGUUGAAUAAAGUAACGAUAACAUCAAAAGUUUACAAAUCAACCGAACGGAGUUCAAGUCCAAUGAUAAAAAAUUCCAGCCCAGUAAUUUUUAAUAAUCAAAGGGAUUUUAAUGAUAUGGAAGAAAACACGGAUAAAUUUUCAAAUAUUAAAAGUAAGUUUUUUCAUUAUUAUUAUUUAAGGAAAAUAAUCACCAGUAAAAGUAAUUCAUCCUCAUAUUACAACAGUUUGAAUCGCAUUAGUAAACAAGAAACGUCAAAGGAUUACGUCGAUGCUUCACAUCCACGAUUUUUAGAAAAGGACAAUAUUUCAUUUAAAAAUUCAAUUAAGGUAAAUUCUGUUGACAAACCUAGUCCAUUGAUGUCAUCACCAUCGCCAGGGUUAGCUCGAGGAUCUGCACAAGGCGAUUCUCUUAAACUUGUACCUAUAAACGUGCAAUCCGAGAUAGAUUUGGAUUUGGGUCCAGAUAUUGUACCCUCCGAUGUGAAUGUUAUCAUUAUAGCGCCUUCUCGUAAAGACGUACCUGUCAGAAUAAUAAAAUCAGUGUUCAAAAAGAAUUUAUCAGCUAUAUUUACAACCUCGGAAGUCGGAGAACAUUAUGUCGACGUGAGAGUAAAAAAUCAAAGAAUUUCUGGAUCGCCAUUUCGCACUCAUGCAUACAAUGCUCGUGCUAUUAAAGUUGGAAAUAUUCCUAACGGAAAAAUAGGAGAAUCUGUAGAAUUCGAGAUUGAUGGUUCUGAAGCCGGAUCUGGAAAUCUUGAGAUAUUGGUUAAUGGAGGACACGUUACUUCCUUUGUCCGAAAUCUUGGUCAGCAAAGGUUUUUGGCAUCAUUUGUUCCUCAUCAAGCAUUAGUUCAUAUGAUUGAAAUUAAGUUUAAUGGUGAAUACGUACCAGGUAGUCCUUGGCGAGUGACAGUUUCCAGCGGCAAAGCCAUGGCUGUUCUCGGUGAAACAGUCAAGCUGGUGCCAGCUGGUUCUACUGCCGAAUUUUUAAUUAGUGCUCCCGGCAGUUCAAAAGGAAAUUUUGAUGUUCAAGUCAUUAGUCCAUCAAAAAAACAAAUCGAUUCCCGCAUUGUGGAAGAAAAACCUUCGGAAUUUAGAAUUGAAUUUACUCCAACCGAAGUGGGAAGUCAUUUUGUGGAAGUUAAAAUUAAUGGAGUGAAAUUAGCCGGUGGGCCACUAAUUGCUAAGGUGUAUAAUAGCAGCAUGAUAAGAGUUACGGAUGUUGCCAGUGGCGUCGUUGGGCAACCGUGUCAAUUUAAAGUUGAUGCUAGCCAAGCAGGAGAAGGACAAUUGGAGAUUUCAAUAAAUGAAGGUCAAGUCCCCAAUCAUGUACAGGUGGUAGGUGGAGGUCGCUGUUUGAUUUCUUUUACUCCCGAACAACCGAAACCGCAUUACAUAAGCAUCAAGUUUAACGGCGAAACCAUAUUCGGUUGUCCAUUUGUUUGUUCGGUCUCCGACAACAACAAAGUCACAUUGUCUUUGCGUAAUUUGGAACUCAUUCCUGUUAACCAAGUUGCUCGUUUUCAUAUGACCGUAGACGAUAAUAACAACGCAGAACUUGCUGUGUCAGUUAGAGGUCCCACUGGAGAAUUACCCGUAAAAGUAAGCGGUAAUAUAGAUAGUGGCUUUGUUGCCGAAUUUACUCCAAGAGAAGUUGGUGCACAUUCUCUUACCGUCGAAUAUAAUGGACAGCCAGUAGGAGGAACUCCUUUUACUUCGAAAGCAUAUGAUGCUAAAGGAGUUUACGUUGGACCUUUGCCUAAAGGUCAAGUUGGAAAAACCUUAGAGUUUUUAGUCGACGCAAGUCAAGCUGGCGAAGGAAAUUUAGAAAUCACAAUAUCGUCUCGGGGACAUAACAUACCUACUCAAGUUCUUCCACAAGGCAAUGCUCGGUUUUCCGUUUCAUUUUUGCCCAUUGAAGCAUCUGACCACGUAAUCAGUAUUAAUUUCAAUAAAGAAAGCGUACCUGGCUCACCUUUUAUAGCUGAGGUACAAGGCGAUUCGCCGCAUAAUAUAACGGUUUCGGGUUCGUCAUUAAGCGCGGCUCCGGUCGGUAAAAAUUCUUAUUUCACAUUGAGCAAUGUGGCCGGUGGUGUUGAAGAUAUCGAAGUUAACGUUGAGGGUCCCAAUGGACAAAGUGUACCGGCACAAAUGAAAGAAAAUGGAGGCGGAAUUCAUACAGUUGAAUUCUCUCCAAAAGUUGUUGGAGAACAUAAAAUAAUGAUAAAUUAUAGAGGAGUUGCUAUUGCUGGAAGUCCAUUCAAAUGUAAAGUUUACGAUUGCAAAGCAAUUAAAGUUAAAAAUGUGGAUAAAGGCGUCGUUGGAAAGCCCGUCACGUUUUUAGGCAAUCAAGCAGGACCUGGAAAUUUGGAAGUGACCGUUAAUGGAGGUCGAGUUCCAACAUCAGCUCAAGCUCAGGGUUCACAAACAUAUGCAAUAUCAUUCACACCCCGUGAAGCGAUUCCUCAUACUGUUGAAUUAAAAUUUAAUUCGGAGCAUUUACCCGGAAGCCCUUUUGUCUGCCAAGCUACAGAUGCGGCUAAAAUAGUGAUGCCUUCCGAGGGAAUGGAAAAAGUUGGCGUUGGACGUGUGGCUUCAUUCGUUAUUGAAGCUGAUUCUAACAUGGGCGUUUUGGAUAUUCAAGUUUUAAGUCCGACUAGAAAAAAUGUUCCUGUUAAUUUAAAUAAUUUGUCAUAUAAUAAAUACGAAGCGAGUUUCACUCCGGAAGAUGUGGGGGAUCACAGUGUUGAAGUAAAAAUCAAUGACAACCACGUCGAUGGCAGCCCUUUUUUGGUCAAAGCUUACGAUGCGAACAGAGUUAAAGUGGCCGACGUUAAUUCAGGAAUCGUCGGAAAACCUGUUUUUUUUAGCAUUAACGCUUCACAAGCCGGAGCUGGAAAUUUAGAAAUUAUCGUAUCCGUAAAUGGUAGAAAUGUUCCGAAUUAUGUUCAGUCCGAGGGUAAUGCUAAAUUUCGAGUAAAUUUUAAACCUCAAGAAGCAGCUCCUCACAAUCUUAGCGUGAGAUUUAACGGAGAGCCCGUACCUGGAUCUCCUUUCGUUUGCAAAGUAUUAGGAAGUAAUCAAAUAAUUGUUUCCGGCCCUGCGCUUAAAAUGACACCGAUCGGUCAAGAAACGUGCUUAUAUAUCGACCCUCAAGUAAGUAACUCCGGUAUCAAUGCGCAAUGUCAGGUUUCCAUACAAUCCCCAAGUGGGAAAAUGUUACCCGUCGUAUUAACUAAAUUGGAUGGAAAAUAUUCAGCCAGUUUCACUCCGGAUGAAGUCGGCCGACAUUCCAUAGAUGCUAUUCUCGACAAAAAUCUUGUUAAAGGCAGUCCAUUCGCAUGUAACGUUUAUGAUGUUGCUAGAGUUAAAAUCUCUGGUUUGGGACCCACAAAAGUUCAAAAACCGGUUACAUUCAGAGUUGAUGCGAGUGAAGCUGGUGAGGGAACGUUGGAAUUAGUUGUUUCGACAGAACGUUCUACGGUGAAAGCAGAAGUUGUGGCUUGUGCAAGAGGUCUCUAUGACGUCACGUUUGUUCCCCACGAAGCCAUAGUUCAUUUUGUCAAUAUUUCUUUUAAUGAAGAAGAUAUUCCAGAAGGUCCGAAGGAAAACGUGGUCGGACAGAAAACAUUUUUCGAUGUUCAAGUGUUUGGAGCUAAUGGUCACAUAGACAUGGAAAUAUUAGAUGAAAAAGGUUCUUGCGUCCCUUGCAAAGUUCAAAGAAUCACAAACGGGAAAUACAAAGCGAUUUUCACUCCUACCGUUACUGGAGUGCAUCAGAUAACAGUUUUUAACAACGAACAACUCAUCAAUAAACAACCUUUUGUUAUUGAAGUUUUUGAUCCCGCAGCCGUUCACGUUUUAGAUUUAGAACCCGUUGAUUCUAGAGAAGCCGGGCCUGGAACUUUAACUGUUAGCGUGAGAGCAGCUGGAAGUCCUAUUAAACAUUCCGUCAAAGAUUUGAGCGAGGGUCUCCACGAGAUAACUUUUCACCCCACUAUAGCCAUUCCGCACAAAAUAGAUAUUAAAUACAACGGUCUCCACAUUCGUGGUUGUCCUUUAGAGCUACCGAUCAAAAAUCCAGCCGUCGGACAAGAUGUCAUGGCUACUGGAUCGGGAUUAUACGAAGCAAAAGUUGGAAAAUCUAGUUCUUUUGUCAUUGAAACACUCGGAAAUCCGAGCAAAGAUUUUGAUAUAGUUAUCACGGGUCCAAAUUCUUCGGCAGUACCCGUUCGAUGUUACCAACAAAAAGAUGGGAAUUUUGACCCUUUUGAUUGGUUUUUAGGUUUGUACAAAAUUGAAGUGAGCCACGGUACCCGUCCAGUCAGAGGUAGUCCCUACAUUUGUCACGUUCACGAUUCUUCAAAAGUAAAAAUCCAGGAUGUAAUAAAACCGGUGUCUCUUAAUUCUCCAGCAACACUUAAAUUGAUGCGAAAAGGUGCGGGAUUCGCCGAACUUGACGUCGCAGUGACAAGUCCUUUGGGUCAAGAUUUGCCCAUUCAGAUAAAAUCUGGACCAGAUAGAGAAUCAGAUUUAAUAGAAUUUACUCCUACGCUUCCAGGAAAUUAUAAAUUUAAAAUAACUUACGGUGGAGAUGAAAUUCCUGGUUCUCCUUUGCUUUUAACAUGCGAGGACUCGGAACCGGUAAAAGCUUACGGAGAUGGUAUUAAUUACGGACAAGUAGAUAAUUUGGUUACUUUUCGGGUGAACGCAAGUAGCAAACCCGUAAUAAAAAUAGAUGGUCCAGACACGUCUCCAUCUCCAAAAAUUGAAAUGGAGAGUUCGGGUGUUUAUGUAGUAUCAUAUGUUCCGAGAGAAAUCGGAGUUUUUGACAUUCAAGUCAUAGUUGGAGACCGUGAAAUUUUGGGUUCUCCCUUUCAUCCAAAGAUUGUAGACGCAAGAAAAGUUAGAGUCAUCGGUGGUUGGGAAAGUAUCUGUGAUUCUUCUGGCAAACUUGAACUACAAGUUCAUCAGACAAAAAAAAUUAGUCUCGACGUUUCAGAAGCCGGGCCCGGUUCAUUAACUGCCGAAUUCCGAGGUCCCGACGGAGAAAUAAUUCCAGCCGCCGUUGGUCCUAUAACGUCUAAUAAAGUUAAGGUUUUACUCACUCCCAGGGAUUCCGGAGAGCAUUCUUUGCAUUUGUACUUCGGAGGUGUCCCAGUUCCCGGAACUCCUUUAAAAGCCGAUGGAUCAACCAAUGGAGGACCCGUCAGAGUUGUGUUGACAGGAAAGGGUCUUGUUUCCGCCAAAUGUCAUCAAGAAGCGGAAUUCACGAUUGACGGAUCACAAGCUGGUCCCGGCGUACCGGAAGCCUCGUUAUCCGGCAGUAAAGGAGACGUGCCCAUCAAUUUAGAAAGUAUCGGAGAGAGCAUAUUCAGGGGUAGUUACACCCCUUCACUCCCUGGAACUUAUUUUCUUAACGUCAUGUGGGCCGACAGACAAGUUAAAGGUUGUCCGCUCAAAGUAAAUGUUACGGCUUCUGCGGAUGCGUCGCAAGUUGCUUGCAGCGGCGACGGUUUACGAGUGGGUACCGUCGGCAAAGAAAUCCGAUCGUUCAUUGACACUCGACGAGCCGGCCCCGGGGAGUUGACAGCUCAUUGCGUGGGACCUCACAAGGUUGCAUAUUGCGAGUUGUACGAUCACGGAGAUGGAACUUUUACACUUAAUGUUAAACCACAAGAAUCGGGUCGUCACGUAUUGACAAUAAAAUAUGGCGGAGAUCACGUUCCGGGAUCUCCGUACACUCUCAGAGUUGCCGGAGCACCCGAUCCAUCAAAGGUCAGAGUUUACGGUCCAGGUAUCGAACACGGAGUCUUGGCAACUUUUCAAAGCAGAUUCAUAUGCGAUACGAGGGGUGCCGGUGCCGGUCAACUUACAGUUAGAGUGAGAGGUCCAAAAGGUGCUUUUCGUGUCGAAAUGCAAAGGGAAAGUCAAAAGGAUAGAACGAUUUUAUGUAAAUUUCAUCCUACGGAACCUGGAGAUUAUAGGGUCGAAGUUAAAUGGGCCGGAGAACUUGUACCUGGUUCUCCAUUUAAUGUUAUGAUUUUUGAUACUCAGGAAGAACUCACUCGUUUUUUGCAGGGUCAACAAUCCCCGGGAUCCGAUGUGUACGGAAGCGUAAGUUACGGUCACGUACCUGGAUCUUUGGGAAGACAAUCAUGGAGAGGAUCUCAACCCACUCUGUAA